AACCAACAACCAACAUACAAAUCAACGCUCAUGCGCCACCCUUGGUACUAAUACCGCAGUUUCGAAGUACCAAACCAAGUAAAAGUACCGUGAAUUUGAAUGAUUUUAAUUCAUCCCCUUUCCGUUUUGGAAGAUUUUCGGUUAUCGAAGAAGUGAUCAUCUAAAUGAAGUGUUGAAAAAGGUUCAAUAUGAAAAUUUUUCUUUCUUCUUUUGACGAAAGUGUAAGCAUAAGAAAUUUUGGACCACGUAGACGACCGUCAAAUAAGUACCCCGUACAAAAUUAUUUACUAUCUGGAGUGGCAGUGACUGAUAAGAAAAUUGAUAACCAUGUCCUCCUCAUUAUUCAAAGCUAUAUAUAUUACUGCGUUUGUGUCCUAUGCAAUCAUACCGCUCGAUUAUUUGACAAAGUAAGGUACUGGAUUUUCGAAGGGAGCAAUCCACACAUGUCGUGUAAAUCUUGCCAAUGUACAGGAAAAAAUUCUCAAGCUAUCCUUGUGACUGGAGGGGGUGGUUAUGUUGGAUCUCAUACUGUAGUUGAAUUAUUGAAUGCUAAUUUCACUGUAGUAGCUAUUGAUAAUUUAUCAAAUUGUCAUGCCCCCUCCAAAGAUGACAAACCAGAGUCUCUCAAAAGGGUGGAAAAGAUUACUGGAAAAAAACUGGUAUUUUACAAUGUGGACAUAAGAAAUAAGGAUGACUUAGAUAAAAUUUUCAAGAAGCAUAAAAUUUCCACCGUUAUACAUUUUGCAGCUUUGAAAUCUGUAGGAGAAUCUACACAAAUACCUCUAUCAUAUUAUGAAAACAACGUUGGGGGGUCAAAUAAUCUAUUUCAGGUAAUGCAUGAUAAUGGUGUGAAAUCUUUGGUUUACUCAUCUUCAGCAACAGUGUAUGGUACUCCCCAAUUUUUGCCAUUAACAGAGGACCAUCCAACUGGUCAAGGUUGUACAAAUCCUUAUGGUAAAACGAAAUAUUUUGUAGAAGAAAUUGGCAAGGAUCUUUGUACUGCUUAUCCGGAAUGGAAAUUGAUAUCCUUGAGAUAUUUCAAUCCUGUUGGCGCACAUCAUUCUGGAAUUAUUGGGGAGGAUCCUUCUGGAAUUCCCAAUAAUCUAAUGCCGUACAUAUCACAGGUUGCUAUUGGAAGAAGAGAAUUUCUCAGGGUUUUUGGUUCUGAUUACGAUACAGUGGAUGGUACAGGUGUCCGCGAUUAUAUACACAUUACUGAUCUAGCUAUUGGUCAUUUGAGAGCUUUAGAAAAAAUUUCAGACCCUUCAUUCCUAGGCUUUCAAGCUUACAAUUUAGGAACCGGUCGAGGUUAUUCCGUUCUCGAGGUUGUUAAAGCGUUCGAAAGAGCAUCUGGAAAAAGGGUGGAGUACAGAUUAGUUGACAGAAGGCCGGGAGAUAUCGCUACAUGCUAUUCUGAUGCCAGCCUGGCAAAGAGUGAACUGAACUGGAGUGCAGAUAAGGAUAUUGAUGAAAUGUGCAAAGAUACAUGGAAUUGGCAGAGUAACAAUCCUAGUGGCUUCAGCUGAAACGCCCCUAUUUAUUUCUUUCUAGAUAUUUAUUCGAGGAAUGAAACUUGGCAUUCAUACAUUCAACGAAGAUGAUUCUUAAAUUACCAUAUUCGUAACAUCAAACUUCAAAUUGGUAUUACAUCUGAUGAAAAUUAUUGUUAAGAGUUGAAACUUUUAAACUGAUUUGAUUUGUAGUAAUACUAAAUUUUUAAAUUAUUUCUGUGUCUAAAAUACUAGCAAUAAUUGUAUAGUUAUAAUGGAAACACAAAAGUUCCUUCCCCAGAUAUUACUAACACAAAAAUGAAGAUCUCAAAAAUUUUAAUUAUGAUCAUGAAGGGAACUCUCAAUUGCCAAAGAACGUCUUGCAUAAAAUAACAUUUUUAAUACAAUGUGAACAUCAAAGAGAGAAUUUGUAGUUUUUUUUAUAUGAAUCAGAGAUAUUUUAUUUUUGUUUUCUCAAGAAAAAUAACAUUGAAAACAAGCAAUAAUUUUAUUCAGCAACAAUUGAGUAUAAUUAUAAAUUGAUAAAUUUUAUCUUCAUUUAAUUAUUGCACUAACCUAUUUAUUUAUUUAUUCUCCAUUUAUUGUUAUAUAUGUUGAUUUGUUUGGUUAGAUAUACAACCAGUGUUUGAAGCAUUUCCAUGUUAUACAGGACUCAUCAAUAAAGUAAUACAAUGUCAGUUA